AGCGUGGCCCAAUAAAUACUUGUCCUGCCGCCCUCUUCGCGCCCCCAUACUUUCCCAUCUUUGUCUUGAUCCCGCCUUAAUUCUGUUCGAAUAAUUUUCUACGCGUACAUGCUCAUUUGAAUGAGAAUUCUCAACGAAAUGGACGUAGACGUGCUCAUUCAGCCAGUUGCACAACCCAGAACGUCGAAAUCUCCGGUUCUUCUUCCUGUUAUCUCACCAGCAAAUGGCAAACCAAAAUCUCCUCCUGCCGAUGUGGAAGCGCUUCCGGCACCACCCUCUCCAAAUUCCACUGCUCACCCCGCCUCUGCUCUUGCUUCUAUGCUCACCGACGCAUUUGUUCAGAUAGAAUCUUUGAAAGAAAUGUUGAAGAAGGAAAAAAGCCGAGCAGAUCACUUUGAAGUACUUGCCAGGGACUACAAGGACCUACUGGGAGAGGGCUCAAGGCCGGACACAGAAAGGAACCAGACGGAGAAUGCGAAAGGGGAUGACAAAAACGAUAUACCGAUGGAUAUUUCUAGAUCAAAAGAUCAAGCUAGCCAGCUCACUGCCGCGGCUGAGAAAAUCAGGCAACUGCGUGAGUCCUUAACAGCCGCGGAAGAAGUUCGUGAUGAAGAAAUGGCGCGCAGGAUACUCAUCACUGACCUGUGGGCCCAACUGAAUCAGUACAUUGAACGCCUCGAGACUACAGGUAAAGAUGCUCGGAUAGGAUUUGACCGAAUCGUCAAAAGUGGCGGUGGAACCAUACGCGAUACCAACAGCAUCUUCAAAGAUAUUCCGCAGCUGGCUGAAGGCGACUUAAUGAGGGUCGACAGGAACUACAACGCGAACGGUGUUCUGCAGCCUUUAGCGUCUACAUAUCCUAGUCGAAGACAUGAUUACCCACGCGAAGAAAGACAUGGGACACGAAGACCUCGAAGUGGCAGUAUGGAUGCAUAUGCAUAUAGCCUCGGCCCCAAUAGCAAGAGGGUCAGAUACCAAGAUGAACACCCGCAUCAUCAUCCGUCAGGUAAUGUCGUCUCGCCGACCUAUUACCAACCUUCUCCACAUUCACAACACCCCCCACCACCGGGUGGUUCAAACCAUCCGCUGUCACCUACUUCCCACAUCCAGCAGCAUCAACAUACCAUACUGCAAAAUAUGCCAUAUGCUCAGCCUCCGCCGCUUGCCGCAGCCUCAUCCAGCUCUGGGUCGGGCUCCAGACACCGUGACAGACGUCAUACAGACCCUGCCGCAACGCAUGCUCCUGAGCAGCAGAGCAAUGUGUAUCCAGUUCCAGGCCCACCUGGUUAUGACCACGCAUAUCGGUCGCAAGACCAUCCCAGAGCAUACCGCGAUGACAGGCAGAGGCGAAGAAGAGAUCGCUCGCGAUCUUACAGCCGUGGUAGGAGUCCUAGUCAUGGAAGCGAGGGAAGUAUGGAUCUGGAUGAAAUGCUUCUCGCCACCACGGGUGAUGAGCAGCAUUUGCAAGCCAAUGGAAAUGGCUUGCCAGGUCCUCCUCAAGUCCUUGUCGCUGGCCGGGGCAAAGCCCGUCCUUUAAGUUCCCAUGGUGGGCUUAUUUAUGAUCCCAGAGAUGGCUCUCAGUAUGUUCCUCAACCAUCGCAGUAUCCGUUAUCACCACACGCUCAGCAUCUGUCUGCACAUCAUUCAUCGCAGCAUCUUGGAGGUCCACCUCCACCGCCACACGUCAUUCAAUAUGGCCAAAAUCCUCAGCCCGGCCCUCCAUCAGGGCGUCAGUCACCACCCUUCAAUACAUCUUCAAGGCCGAGCUCCUCUCGCCGAGUCCUCAGGAGUGAACCUACGCUCCGUGAUGACCUUGACCGAAGAGAAGGUCCAUUGUCACAAUCCACUGCUCCGGGACAGGUCCAAUAUCAAACUCAUGUAUUUGCUCCUGUGCAAACUGGAGCACCGGUUAAAAAGAGUAAAUUCAACAACGCAAGUGGAAAUGCUAGUACUGCUAACGUCGCCGAAGAAUCCCAGGCAAAAUCACCGGCUCCCAAUCCUGCUCCGGUUGCCGCUACUAGCUCUAGUAGCUCCCUUCCGCUUGCAUCGGUUAAUUUGGCUCCUGCAACUUCUCCGUUUCCGCCGACAAAUGAACAAGGCCAGAGAAUCUGCAGACAGUGUGGUAUGCCAGGUCGCUACAAAGAGGGUAAAUGUGUGGAAAAGUGGGGUCCGGGACCGAUGGGUCCUGGAACAGUCUGCGACAGAUGCCGCAAGAAAAUGAAGCGCGUGGAACGCAGGGGGACGAUAGAGCAAGCACAGCUCCUUGCUGCUCAGCAGGCACAUAAUCGUUCCCAGACUAAUAUCGGAAGUACUUCUUCCUACGGAAGUUUCCCUACUCCCCAACGUGAAAAUUCCAGCGCCAAACUUCAUCGCACGGAUACCGUAAUUAUAGAAAGCGGAAGACACGCUUAUGAGGAGCCUACUGUUUCAUCAAUCCGAAGUACUUCGAAUGCACGGAUUGUCACAUCCUCACCCUUCAAUAAAUCUUCGAAAUCCGGGUCACGUCCUACCAGCAAGGCGGCCAGUAGAGCUGGAUCCAUUGUUGAUGGCUCCAGAGGCUCACGUCGGUCCUCUCCAGUACCUUCAUCUCGAUCGAAUCUCGGUACUUCAAUGACAAUGCACGCAUCUCGGAAUCACGCUUCCAACGCCUCUGUGCAUUCUAAUGGCUCAGGCAGCGGUAUGGACAUUGACGCUGAUGCUGACGGCGAUGCCGAAGCCGAUCUCGACGACGCAGAAGCAGAAGUUGAAGGUGACAUCGCCGCCUUAGUUGACCAGGCAGCACCUUCUCCACUACGACCACGUCCAGGCUCAAAGCCCCGCAAUGACGAAGAUGUGGAUAUUGCUGCACUAGCUGGCGUAGAUGACGAUCCUGAUGAUUACGAUUCGCCAGCGACAACACAUGCUUUGAGGAGGCAGCAGGCAGUCCGAGCUGCAGGAGGUGUAACGUCAGCAUAUGGUGUAUCUGGUUUAGGGAAAGCCGCUGGUGAAGUCUCCUCAGGUCCUAGUGCAGAUGCAGAAUUGGAUAUAUUAGAAGCUGUAGACGCUGCUGAAGCGAACAGUGCAAGCAGCUCUACCUUGAAGGUCGAGGAUUCUUAACACUCUUGACUGAUCUCAUUGUGCAAGAUUAUAUUACCCAACAUAACCUACUCAUACCUCUUUCUCUUGGUUGAACCGACUGGACUCGGUUCAUGUACAGAAUUAUCGGUACUAGUUUUCGAAACGGCUUUCUGUAUUUUCUAUCUAUCUAGUCACUCGCUCUACUUUUCUGCUCGCUAUCGUAUAUUGUAUCGAUGUCUUCUCUAGAUAAAAACCCACACGAACCAUAGUGUUGUUCCGCUCAGCUUUGACCUUGAACUAAAUGAUUGUAAUAAAGUGUAAUGGCCGC